AUGCGCGAGCUCGUUCACAUCCAGGGCGGCCAGUGCGGGAAUCAGAUCGGCGCCAAGUUUUGGGAGGUGAUCAGUGACGAACACGGCAUAGACCCAACGGGGACCUAUCACGGCGACUCCGACCUUCAGCUGGAGCGGAUCAACGUGUAUUACAACGAGGCGACUGGUGGGCGCUACGUGCCCAGGGCAGUGCUCAUGGACCUGGAGCCCGGUACCAUGGACAGCGUCCGCGCGGGGCCGUUCGGGCAGCUGUUUCGGCCAGACAACUUCGUGUUCGGGCAGACAGGAGCUGGGAAUAAUUGGGCGAAAGGACACUAUACAGAAGGAGCUGAAUUGAUCGAUAGUGUCCUCGAUGUUGUCCGCAAGGAGGCUGAGGGGUGCGACUGCUUGCAGGGCUUCCAGAUGUGUCAUUCCUUGGGAGGAGGCACUGGCGCUGGGAUGGGAACCCUGCUGAUCUCCAAGGUCCGUGAGGAGUAUCCGGAUCGCAUCAUGGAGACGUUCAGCGUUAUUCCCAGCCCAAAAGUUUCGGAUACUGUCGUGGAGCCGUACAACGCCGUGUUGUCUUUCCACCAGCUCGUGGAGAACGCGGACGAAUGCUUCUUGUUGGACAACGAGGCGCUCUAUGAUAUCUGCUUCAGGACGUUGAAGUUGACGACGCCGACGUAUGGUGAUCUGAACCAUCUUGUGAGCGCGGCGAUCAGUGGCGUGACCACUUGCUUGCGCUUCCCAGGUCAGCUCAAUUGUGAUUUGCGCAAGAUCGCGGUAAAUCUGAUUCCUUUCCCGCGCUUGCAUUUCUUCAUGACUGGUUUCGCACCGCUCACGAGCAGGGGCUCCCAGCAGUACAGGGCCCUGACAGUUCCUGAACUUACCCAGCAGAUGUUCGACGCGAAGAACAUGAUGUGCGCAGCAGACCCGCGCCACGGGCGCUACCUGACCGCCGCGGCGCUCUUCCGUGGUCGCAUGUCCACGAAGGAAGUCGACGAGCAGAUGCUGAACGUGCAAAACAAGAAUUCGUCGUACUUCGUCGAGUGGAUCCCGAACAACAUCAAAGCGUCAGUGUGCGACAUUCCCCCCAAGGGGUUGAAGAUGGCGGUGGCCUUUGCUGGCAAUUCUACCGCUAUUCAUUG